CUCCGCUUCAAAAAAGUUUGAGCGGCCGUUGAGAAACGUCGUAUUUUCGUUUUUGUUUCACAAUUCUGUGAUUUCAGAUUAGAAUUAGAAUUUAGAAGACUGAUUUUUGAAUUGCUCUAUAAUUUUCCCAAUGCUUUCUACAAAAUCAUUGGAAUUGAAAGAAAAUUUGUCGAAGCGGAAAUCUGAGGUUGACAAGUGCACUAUACCUCCAAGCAAGGAACCUCGUAUUGAAACAGAAAAAGAUAAGGGCAAAGAAGAGGUUGCUAAUAGUUUCAAUACUUACCAAUAUUGGAAAGAUCCGCUUCCCGACAUCAGUAUUGAACUUGGUACAAAUAUUGCAAACCCAAGGGAGGCUGAGUAAAAUGGUAGGAAACAAACACAUUGAAGAGAUAUUUGCCAAAAGCCAACAUUCCAUUGCUGAUCACCCCAAACUAGUAAAGAACCUUAGAAAAGUCUAUGACCAAAUUGAAGAUGUAGAUUCUUUUAAUCAACAUUUUAUUAAAUGCUUCAAGUGUCUCUUGAUUCAUGGAGAAAGGGAGACUGCUGUUAACUUUUGUUUAGAUUUUGCAGCCAAAUUUGCAACAUCGUUUGAACUGGAAAAAGAUCCAGAAGAUGAAGAUGGUGAAUGCCACCCUUUCUAUGAAAAACUUUUUGAUUUUCUUUUGUCCCAUCACAAUGUCAAGAGCCAGGCUGUUCGAUUUAGAGUGUGCCAGUUCAUUAAUAGAAUGCUAGAAGAGUUGAAUGAGUCUGCUUGCAUCAGCGCAGAACUUUUUGAAAAAAUUUAUGAUGCCAUGCUUGAAAGAAUUCAAGACAGAAUUGCCUCAGUUCGGGUCCAGGCUGUCAUUGCCCUACAGCGCCUGCAAGAUCCUACCAACAAAGAAUGUCCAGUUAUUAAGGCAUUAGUUUUCCAUUUGGAAAGAGAUCCUCAUCCCGAAGUACGUCGAGCUGUACUCAAGGCCCUUGGAUGCAAUUAUUUUACGCUCGAAUUCGUUUUGGUCAGGCUGCGUGACGUCAAAGACCUUGUUCGCAGGCAGGCCUAUAUCUUCAUUAGUGAGAGAGUUCAUGUCCGAACAUUAUCAAUUGCUAAUCGUGUGACAAUUUUGAACCUCGGACUCAACGACAAAUCAGCUGCUGUGACGACCAUGGUGCAGGACAAACUUAUCCCUGCCUGGAUCAACGCCAUGGAAGGUUCCAUCUUCAAUUUUCUCCGUGGACUUGAUGUGGAAGGCUGCAGCGAUACUGCUGUUCAAGUCUUGCAAGUUUGGUUGAAAACGCUCAACUACAAGGAGAUAACAUCUCAGUUGCCUAUUGGUGAAGAAAAUCUGGUUAGUAUCGAAGCGUUAAAGCCAGAAGUGGCUCUUUACUGGUGCACGGCCGUUUCUUUCCUGCGAAACGAGGGAGUUCAUGCAGCAGAUGCUCUUGAAACCAUUAUGCCAGAAAUGACAGCGUUUGGGAAAUAUUUGAAAACUUUCGUUUUGGCAAGGCUUACCGAAACCGACGACAUGGAGGUAUUGAGUAUGGAAUUUAUCGUUGCUAACUUAUUGGAGAUGGCACAACACUUUGACCUUGCGGAUGAAGCGGGUCGCUUGAAUUUGCGACGCGAUCUCUGCGAUCUUUUACAACACGAAAAGACUAGCCCAGCAUUGACUCGUACCAUGGUCAAGUGUAUUAGUCUGAUUGAACCCAAUUUGGAUGUUCGCAUCGCCAAAUUGCUUGAGGUCAUUUCAGAGCUGCGAGAGCCACUAACUCAGGCGGAAGUACUCAUUCCAGAAGAUCAGCAGCGAAGGAACAAAUUAGAGAUUGCUCAAUGUCGAGUCCAGGUGAACGAAUUAAAGGAAGAAUUGCAGGAGGCCAUUGACAAACAAAACUUUCUUGGUGCCCAAGAGAUUCAACAAAAGAUGGUCGUUUUGGAGACGAAACUAAGCGAGUUGUGCAGUCGGCCCACCACUCAUGACGUUGAAGUGUUCCGCGAAGAGAGAGAUGAUCCCUUAACACUACUAAAGUGUCUCAGCACCGUUUGCGAGCUGCUAAAAAAUUCGCCGAUGCUUAAAUUGACGAAAGAAUUGGACCAACUUUUAAUGUCUCUGAUCUUGCCUUGCGUCGAGAGAAUCGAUCCAGCUGUCCGAAAUGCCGCUUUUGAAGCUUUGGGUUGCCUGUGUACUUGCGACUUGGAACUGGCCCAACAACGUUUGCUCUUGUUUGUACAAGCAGUUCAGAUGGAUCACCAAAUCCUUCAGAUCACAACAGCCAAAGUUCUUUUUGAUCUCGUUCAAUUAUUUGGUCUUUCCACUUUUGAGGACCAAGAGAGUGGUACAUCUCUAGCUACGGUGCUGACUGAUCUGUUGGAUAGUGAAGAUGCAGAUGUUCAAACAAUUGCUGUCGAGGGUUUCGCUAAACUAUUGAUUGCUUCCCGAAUUGAAUCGUCCAUGAUUCUUUCGCGCUUGGUCAUUUUCCUGUUCCACCCGCUGACGGAUGAAAACGUUCGUCUGCGUCAAGUCCUCCACGUCUUUUUUCCUUUCUUUGCUUCCAUGGAUAUUGCAAACCAACAACAAUUGGAGGCGGCUUUCGUACCGACUAUCAAGACCAUUCAAAAGGCCCCGUGUACUUCUCCUUUGGCGGAGAUAGACAUUUCCAUGAUCGUCAAAUUCUUUGUCGACUUGACACAGGAAAGUUUAUUAGCCGCCAAGCCUGAGGUCGAUCACACCAUCCACGAUCAACUCGCUAUGAAACUUUGUACUGAAUCGAUGCGAUCUCCUGAUACGAACGAAAGUAAAGUCUACCUCAAGGCCUUGUUGCAGUUGAACAUGUCGUUCUCCAAUCCGUCAAACACUAAAGACUUGCACACUCUUAUCCGGAAAAUGCUUCGAAAUUUCAGAGAGAAGGGUUCCAUCAGAAUGAUUGAGCAAUUUGAAUCUAUCGUAGAAAAGCAUUUGACGGCUAAUGCGGACUCGGCCAAGUCUGCUACUGAAAACGAUUCCGAUAUGGAAGUUGAACCUGUUAUUGCUCCCCCAUCUCCUCCCAUCAAUAAGCCAAGAACAAGAAAAUUAGGAAGUAAACAUGCAGCGACUCUUUUAAUGGAUACUAGUAGCGACGUCGAUGUCUCCCAAAGUUCCGAUGUUUUCUUCAGCCCAGAAAUGACAAGCACUCAAAAGGAAAAACCUCGUGAAAAAUCACCCGAAGUUGUUAUUGAACAAAUGGAUUCGAGUUCGACCACAAACAGCGAGAAAACCGUACCUUCAAGAACUCGACGACAGGCUCCACGCAGCGUUUCCGUUGUCGCUGAGGAACGAACAACACCUCCUCCUUCCCCACCUCGUCGUAGAACACGAUCGACGAGAUCAGCCGUGGUUUCCAGUGUCGACGAGGACAGUGUUCCCGUUGACGAUGGGGACCGAACACCUCCUUCCCCACCUCGGCGUAGAAUACGAUCAACGAGAUCAGUUGUGGUUUCCAGUGUCGACGAGGACGGUGGGGAACAAACAACUCCUUCCCCACCUCUGCGCAGAACACGAACGACGAGACCAGCCGUGAUUUCUAGUUCCGACGAGGAUGAAGAUGUUAUACCUCCGACUCCACCAAAUAAAAAUACUAAAAAGUCGGCAAGAUCAACCAGGAAGCGUUGAUAACCAAACUUUUUUUUUUUCUUCAUUUUUCUAUCAUCUUUUUUUUUUUCUCAUUUACAAUUUUACUUACUUUCCUGUAAGAGAUAUUAAUACAAAUAAAUUUCGGUCACUUGAGCAA